AACGCCUUCACUCACAUGAUCUGCCGUGGCGUUCUCGGCUUGCUGCCUUUCUUUUGCUUGGAGUGACACGUCAGACCUUGCGGCGCGUGCAAGGGAACCGGCCUGUUCCAACCCCCCCAUCGGGGCGGGGGAGAGGCGCGUGCGGACUAUGAGUACGGUGCUGACAGACGUGCUCUUCAGCAGCAGCUAACUGGCAAAGCCCCUUCUGUAUGUUCACUGAGCCCUCAUGAGUCCAGAAGUUUUGAGUUCUUCCUUAUUAGUUGCUGAGACUGUUGCUUCCCUUCCAAAAUGAACAGUUGAAGAAGAUAGUAGAGAGGAAAUUUCCUGUUACCUGCUGCAGUGUCCCAGCAUUGUAGAUGGGAGGCCUUCCCCGUCUAAUCUGCCAAAUUAAUCAGCAGAGCAGUUCCAGUCCUGCCUUCAGCUGGGAAGUAGAGGCAAAGAUGGGAAACACAAAAUGGAAUCUAAAACCAAACAAUGACAAAUUUAAAGGAGCAGGAGUUCUACUCUAAAAACACUUCCUGGAUUUAAAAAAGUAAUUCUGGAAACUAUGGACAUACUCUUUAGAAUAAGAGGAGGCCUAGAUCUUGCAUUUCAGCUGGAUACUACUGAUGAGACUUCAGCGAAAAAGGCAGUAAAAUACGUUUUCAGUGAUCUGUCGACCAAACUGUCUUCAAAUGUGCUGGUUUUAAGAAUUUGCCAUAGUUCAGUGUAUGUAUGGCCUAACAGCAGUAUGAACACAGUUCCAUCAGAACUGACUGAUAAUUCUGUUUGUAAGGAGAUAAUACGAUUUAUUCAAUUUGACCAAGAAGAUGAGACUAAAAGAAAACUUGCAAAAAAGAAGGAUAAAAAGUUCCAAGAUACGCAGCAGAUAGUAAAUGUAGACCUUAUGUUGGAAAUGACAUCUCCUUUGGCAGCUGUAGCCCCAGUCAUUGAAAGGGAAAACAAGAGACACCACUAUGUUAACAUGACCUUACCAAUUGAUGUUGUUGUUUCUGUUUCUCCAGAAGAGCCAUGGAGGAAUGUACGAAAUCUCCUGGUGAAUGCAAUUCAUCAGCAACUAACUGAUAUGGAAAGAUGCAUUUUGAAAUAUAUGAAGGGAACAUCUAUUGUGGUACCUGAACAAUUUCACUUCAUGCUACCAGGAAAAAAGCACCUUGUAACAAUUUCGUAUCCUACAGGAAUUUUAGAUAAUCAGCUAGAGACUUACAGAAAGGAAUUACAUGAACUGUUCCAUCUGCCCUCUGAUAGACCAUAUUUAAGAAGAGCGAAUGCUUAUCACUUUCCAGAUGAACCGUAUAAAGAUGGAUAUCUCAGAAAUCCACACAUAUAUCUCAAUCCACCUGGCACAGAGGCCGGUAUGGUAUAUUUGGUACAUGGUGUAUAUAGUUAUCAUCACUAUAUGCAGGAUCGGAUAGAUGAUAAUGGCUGGGGAUGUGCCUACCGGUCUCUGCAGACUAUCUGUUCAUGGUUCAAACAUCAGGGUUACACAGAGAAAUCUAUACCUACACACAAGGAGAUUCAACAGGCACUUGUUGAUGUUGAAGACAAACCAGCUGCAUUUGUUGGUUCGCGGCAGUGGAUUGGCUCUGUUGAGGUACAACUUGUAUUGAACCAAUUAUUAGGAAUAACUUCAAAAAUACUGUUUGUCAGCCAGGGUUCUGAGCUAGCUUCUCAGGGAAGAGAACUUGCUAAUCAUUUCAAGACUGAAGGAACUCCAGUUAUGAUUGGUGGAGGCGUUCUGGCUCACACAAUACUAGGAGUGGCAUGGAAUGAGGUUACAGGACACAUUAAAUUUCUGAUUCUAGACCCACAUUACACUGGUGCAGAAGAUCUGCAUGUUAUCUUGGAAAAGGGUUGGUGUGGAUGGAAGGGCCCAGACUUUUGGAGCAAGGAUGCUUAUUACAACCUCUGCCUACCUCAACGACCAAAAACUAUUUAAAUUCCAAUUGCAAAAAAUCAUGUUAAUCCAGAAUUUAAAGACUUGAUAUAGACAGAGCUGUCUCAUGCAUAAGCUUUAUAAAAAGUUACUUAUUUUUAAUUUAAAUGGUAUUUUGUCAAUAGUAGCUGAAAUAAAAAUGCUAGUUGAAUUCUUUACACAGCAAUUUAAGUAUAAAAUGUCUUUUUAAAUAAAAUCAUCAAAAAUG